UCUAUUAAUGUAAUCGUGUAAAAUAAUAGUCGCCAAACCUCUUUAGUCGCAGUUUUGUUGUGGUGAACAAAUUCACACUGGUGAAUGUUAUAUUUAAGUCUCAGAACACAGAAACAUAUAUAUUGUUUUUCACGUAUUCCGCAAAAUGAAUGACUCCGCCGCAGUGGAAAAGAUAGAUUUUUUAGACUUUUUCGAGGAUUAUAACUAUACUUACGAUUAUCAGGAAAAUUUGGACUGGUUGCCUUUAAAUGAACUUGUGCCUUGUGUGACUUUCUACGUCAUUAUUGGACUGUUGGGGAUUUCCGGGAACGCCCUUGUCAUCGUGGUCAUUUUAGCGUUUCCCAGAAUGAGGAACAUCACCAGUAUGUUCCUAGUCAGUCUGGCGUCUGCAGAUUUGUUGCUUGUACUCAUCUGCGUCCCAAUCAAGUGCGCCACCUAUUUUUCCUAUACAUGGAGGAUGGGGCCAUUCUUGUGUACUUUUACACAUUACAUACAGAAUGUAUCUAUGGUGUGUUCUGUUAUGACUCUGACAGUGAUGAGUAUAGAGAGGUAUGUUGCCAUUGUUUAUCCAUUACGAGCCCGAUCACUGUGCACGGUACGCCACGCCAAAUUCGUCAUAGGAGCGGUUUGGAUCCUCUCCUUUAUCUAUACCGUGCCAGUUAUCUUCAUCCAGGACCUGCAUGAAGUUGGUAGACGAGUCAAGGCCUACUGGUGCAUGAAAAAGUUUUCACAACCAGAAUACAGUCUUCUGUUUGAAAUCUACAUGUUUUUAAUUUUGUUCAUUGUUCCGAUGACUAUAAUGGUAUUCACGUACAGUCGCAUAUCGUACGAGAUUUGGAAUGUGACAGCGAGGCGAGCUGCACUGUCUGGAGGAAGACACAGAGAGGAAGUGAGCCUAAGAUCAAAUCAGGGAAAGGAAAUUGGUUCCUCUCGAAGAUUACCUGGACGACAUGUCAAAAGUAACUCGAUCAUAAUUUCUGAGGACGCAAAUACAAGGAAACAGGUAAUUCUCAUGUUGAUGAUCAUCGUAUUUUUCUUUGCCAUUUGCUGGGGACCAAUUCUUCUAAAUAAUCUUCUCGUCGCCGCAAACGUCAUAAGUGAACUCAACACGGGGUUCCUGAAGCCGAUGAGAAUGACAUUUCACCUGAUGUCAUACGCUAACAGUUGUGUGAACCCUAUAGUAUACGGAAUCAUGUCCAAAAACUUUAAGGACCGCUUGCGGAAGACUUUUUCGAGACGGAUUACGAGGAACCAGAGUUUAACAGCAAGCUCAUUUCCAAGUAGAAGCUCUACCGUGAGAAAUCAACACACCAAUUAUCAAAAUUUAAAAGAGAGAUCGGCACUGUAGAUAAAGAUGUGAGAAAUCUCAUAAUUCCCACAAACGAUGGAAAUUUUAUUGCUGUCAUGUCAAUGCGUUGAUUAAAUUUUGCUAAAACAUUGUUUUUUAGCCUGUUUUAAAAAGUUGCAAAGAAGACAAUAUUUUCUACUGAAUUUUUUUUCUUAUCGAUUU